AUGGCAGGGGAGACUAGUGUAGGAGGAUUUCAAUAUUGUGGAUGCAGCUGGUGUGGUGGGAUUAGUACUCUAGUCAUAAAGAACUAUACUGCUCCUGUAACUAGUGGUACCUUGGAGAUCCGUUUCUAUUGGACUGGGAAAGGGACGACCGGUAUCCCUGUUAGAGGAGUUUAUGGUCCUCUUAUAUCAGCUAUAUCUGUAGAUCCUGGCAAUAUCAAUAUGAGUGUUGGAAGGCAUGAACUAGCAGAUUCGGCUUGGACAGCUACAGGAGAUAAGAAUAAGUCAUCUUUGGCUCUUCCAAAGCUCCAAUCCAACGACCCCAAAUGGACAAUAGCCCUUUUUUCUAACAGAAAGUUCACAGCUGACAAAGGUUGGACCCACGUGAGAAUACAAGAGACCUCAGCUUUAACAAGCAUCUUUGUUGCUCUAGCAAAAGUGGAUUAUAUUUUCUUAACUGGAAACUUGCUGACUGGACCCGUGCCUACUUGGACAAAGGAAAACCUAUCAUGGCAUAUAUUUGACACUUACCUUAUACCCGGAAAGGUUUUAUUUAGUUUCUUAACUGGAAACUUGCUGACUGGACCCGUGCCUACUUGGACAAAGGAAAACCUUGAUCUUUCAUAUAAUAACUUCACCAUAGGGGACAAAGGUUGUCAAUCACAAGGCAGCUUGUUUUGUCUGGGAUAUGGAAACUACACUGUAAACCUCCAUUUUGCAGAGACACGGUUUACAAAUGGAAAAACAUAUAAAAGCCUGGGAAGGCGUAUAUUUGAUGUUUACAUUCAGGUAGCAGUCAAGGCUGAAAAAAUAAACCACAUUUCGAUCAUGAAAUGUUUAAGUAACUACAUUAGCAUAUUUGAGGGGAUAAAACGGCUGAAGGAUUUCAAUAUUGCGGAUGAAGCUGGUGUGGUUGGUAAAGCAGUCAUAAAGAACUUUAAUGCUUCUGUAACUAGUGGUACCUUGGAGAUCCGAUUCUAUUGGGCUGGGAAAGGGACGACUGGUAUCCCUCUUAGAGGAGUUUAUGGUCCUCUUAUAUCAGCUAUUUCUGUAGAUCCUGAUUUUGACUUUGUUUCUCAAAUGCAGGGCCUUCUAUCAGAUGGCACCGUAAUUGCUGUCAAGCAGCUUUCUUCCAAAUCAAAGCAAGGGAAUCGUGAAUUUGUGAAUGAGAUAGGCAUGAUUUCUGCUCUGCAACACCCUCAUCUUGUCAAGCUUCACGGAUGCUGUAUUGAAGGAAAUCAACUAUUGCUUGUCUAUGAGUACAUGGAAAAUAAUAGCCUUGCUCGUGCUCUGUUUGGGCCAGAAGAAAGUCAGUUGAAGUUGGAUUGGCCAACAAGGCACAAGAUCUGUGUUGGUAUAGCUAGAGGUUUGGCUUACCUCCACGAGGAAUCAAGAUUGAAGGUCGUUCAUAGAGACAUCAAGGCUACUAAUGUGCUGCUUGAUAAAAAUCUUACCCCAAAGAUAUCUGACUUUGGAUUGGCCAAGCUUGAUGAAGAGGAUAAUACACACAUUAGCACCCGUAUUGCUGGAACUUAUGGAUAUAUAGCGCCUGAAUAUGCAACGCGGGGUUAUCUGACUGAUAAAGCAGAUGUUUAUAGCUAUGGAAUUCUUGUAUUGGAAAUUGUUAGUGGGAGGAACAACACCACUUACAGAGGAAAGGAAAAAAGCUUUUAUCUUCUUGAUUGGGCACAACUACUAAAAGGGCAAGGGAAUUUGUUGGACCUAGUGGAUCCAAGGUUGCGCUCAGACUUCAACAAAGAAGAGAUGAUGCUUACAAUCAAUGUGGCUCUCCUCUGCUGCAAUGUCACUUCAACAGUUAGGCCUACCAUGUCUUCAGUUGUGAGCAUGCUUGAAGGUAGGGCUGCUGUUCAGGAAUUGGUUUCAGAUCCAAAUGCCUCAAGUUUUGAGAUCGAAGCAAUGAGGAAACAUUUUCAAUCCAGUUUCAGAAGGAACACCGGCAAAAGCCAAACACAAACUGCGUCAACUGAAGGGCCCUGGACCGGUUCGUCUACAUCUGCUCAUGAUCUCUAUCCAGUCAAGCCUGAUUCAACUUACUGGGACAACAGAAAAUAGAGAAACUGAGCAAACUUUCUUCACUCUCAAACAUAUAUGUUCAUAUAUCAUUUCUACUCCCUCUCUAAAUACACACACAUAUAUAUUUUUUG